GACAGAACCAUCAAAAGAAAAAGAAUAAGUUCAAAAAACAAAAAUCUGAAUGAAAUCCGCUGUCAAAUGUAAUAAUUCUUGAUAAUCCGAUAUUUUCGUGCAAAACCAAUACAAUUUGGCUUUAAAAUGACAAAUCGAUUGUGUAGUGCGUUGUAGUUGGAGUCCAAGUGGAGAGAUGGUUCGGUGGAGGUUCAGCCUGUUUCUGGCGAUGCUGGUCCUCCUGCCGGCGAGGACUGGCUCCAAAUUGGAUGACGACGAAGACGAAGAAAAAAAUGUUGGCAGACGAACUGAAGAGACAGAAGAAGACGAUGAGGAUGAUGAAGAAGAUGAGGAGGAAGAGACCGAGAGCAAAGAACAGAGUCCCGGACGGAGGGCGCCGGCUCUGAUACCUACUCCGAAACCUCUCACUCAGGCUACGAGGACGAGCAAGAAACGACCGUUAGAAUGUUACGUGUGCGCUUAUAAGGCUGAUACGCCGCUGAGAUCGUGUUUGGAUCCGUCCAAAUUCAGAGUACACACAAUAACAUGUCACAGCAUGGAGGACAAGUGUUUCACGUCGGUGAUAUCGAAGGGUAACACGUACGAGGCCGUGAUUCGCGGCUGCCGCUCCGGUUGCGUCGGAUCACCGGAGACCACGUGUUGUGAGUUAAACCGCUGCAACAACCAAGCCUUCGCCAUGCCGAUAAUGGCGCCCCGAGUGCGAACGACGAGCAAGAGCGACAAGUCAAUUCCGCCAUCUGUAGUCUUCUUCGUCACCAUUCUUCUAGUCCUUCAGACUGUGGUGAAGGUGGCUUUUGUUUAAAGUCAUCAUACAAGCCGUAAAGUUAUAAUGACUGUCUUCGUUUGGGAUAUUACAAUUCUUUUCUUAUUUUUUUGUAUACUUUGGUCUUGUGAAUUGGUGUAGUUAAAAGUAUACAAAGCAUACGUGUUUGGAGUUUGAUGAAUCGUUUAAAAUUUUUGAAUGAGCUAUUUGCUGAAAAUGUUUUUGAGGUUAUAUUUGCGAUGUAAAUUAUAUUUUGUUUUGUAAUAAAUAUCUUAAUUAUGUUUAAA